UUGGAACUGCCUAAAACAGGAAUACGUAUACGUAGAAAUAAGUAUUGCACAACUAGGAUGCUCCCAACAAGAAACAGCUUACCCAAUCGCCUUUGUAUGUGCCUUUUUCUGUAUAUCCUUGCAAUAUUUCCAUUGAGGAUAGUGGAAUCAAAGGAAAUUACACAUUCCGGAGAAAACAGAAGAGACAACGAAAGAGAGAUGCUGGUGGAACUGCAAGAUGUUCUCCAAAAACUCCAACGUAAAAGAGUGUCCAUGUGGGAACUCAAACUCAACCAAGUUCCUAGGUGUACCAUCAGAGAGCCGUGUGCUGUGAAACGAGGGGCUAGAAUUGGGAAACUCUGUGAGUGCCCCGUGAGAACCAGUUGCAAUUUCUAUUUCCUGAGAUGUCUUUAAUAUUUUGGCUCAGUUCUGGACCGGUCUACAAAUCCCCUAUAACAGCAUCUGUAAGAAUAAUUAUUUCAUCAUAUCAUGGAAACAGUAUACCUGUGCAGGCUUCUUUUAAGAAAUAUAUUACAGGACAAUGUGCAGAAUAAAGGCAACAUUAGAGCUUCUCCAUUGGAAUUCCAGAAGUUGUAGAUAGGCUAGCUUUCAGCCCAGUUCUCAAAAAGUUACAACAGACAUUGGUCAAGUUUAUUGAAGAACAGAGUCUGAGUCAUACUGGAAAAUGUUCGUGACCAGCCUGGGAUAUAUUAAACACAGAUGAGUAGCCCCGAGGCGGCUUUAGCAAUCUCUCACAGAAAGGGAUUAGCACUGGCUUCAAGCAUGGGGUUCUGCUCAUUUGCAGUCUCAAUCCAUGUAAGCGGGGAGAUGGUGACACACUGUUGAUCUCUUGGAAAUAAAUAACAUUUGCUGUAACUGAUAAAGAUUGAACUUAGAGGAACCUAUCGCAACAUCACAGCAGAAGGAUAUCGAGGGUCUAAAAAAUGUAAAAUAAAAACUAAUGGAAUUGGUUUAUUGACCUCAGGACGGAUUUAGAACAAUGAAAAUAUGUUGUUGUACAAUCUACUGCUCUUUCAUCCCAUAAAUAGUUUUGUACUGAAUAAAUCAUGCUUAUCUCUUA